CUCACUGUAUGUAUAUCGGUUGCACAUAACCUCAAAUACUUUCUGUUCUGUAUGACGAUAUCCAUUAUGUUCUUAAAUUAAUAUUUGCAUUUCUACAAAUGUGUGGAAUAUUCAGCACGGCGAAAAGUAUAUUAAAGUGAAUAAUAGGUUUCAUUGUUGAUACGUGAAGGAUGAGAGAUAAUUUAUUUCUAACAAUGUGUUAUAGUUGUUAAUUAUCUGUCAAAGAGAAUCGAAAUGGCACCAUUAACAGAUUUACUUUCUUGUAGUAUAAUAGAGAAAGACUGUAACGGAGAUGUUUUAUGGACAUGGUCAUAUCCAGCAGUGACAGAAUCUCAGAAAAUAGUAGUUACAAGGAAAUGUAAUUUAAAAUUAGAGCACAACUCUCCUCAUGUAUUUGUAUGUGCCAGGCAUGGUCAUGAUUGGUUUUAUAUACAUUGCAGUGAAGUAUUUGAUUCUGAUAAAUUACCAAAAGUAAAACAGUUUGCAUUGGUUUUAUUUGCAAAGGAUUUUAAUCCACAAAAAUAUGAAGUGCUUUCACGAGUUCUCAGCAAGAUGUAUUGCAAGACUGGAAAACCAACGGAAAUUCUGCAACUCUAUCUUUCUGUAUUUACUAAAGGAUCGUGCUCAACACAAGAGAAUGGAACUUUUGUCUCCGAUGACUUUAAUACUCAUCGCUUUGCUGCUAAUACCAAUGUCAGAGAAUUAAUCAAAACGUUUGAAUUAGAAACUAUUUUGAUAUAUACUGCCCUCUUAUUGAAGAAGAGAAUUGUUGUGUACCAUCAUAGCUUGGAACAACUUUUCAAAUGGAUCAGAACAUUCCCUGCAUUAAUGAGGCAUAGAAAAGUCACUGAUAAUCUUUUUCCUUGGAUUGACCUGGUAAACGAUGAGUUAACUGAAUUAAAGAGGUACUCAUACUAUGUGGCAGGCUGUAAUAAUAGCUCGAUAUCCUCAAGAACAGAUUUGUAUGAUUUGCUUGUGAAUAUUCCAGCUAGAGAAAUUACUGUGGCUUCACAUGCAAAAGAAAGUCUUACAAUGACAAAGACUCACAAGGAGAUAGCCUUGUUUAUGGUACAGCUGUGUGAAAAUCAAAACUAUACAGAGAUACAGAUUAUAUCAGAGAUAAGUGACAAAACACAGGAUCUCUUAAAUCAAUUAACUUCGCUAGCGACAGUGCAAGCUCCAGAUGGCAAAAAGAUGAUUUCCGUGGAGAUAUUUAGGGAGAAUAACUUGGCACCAGCUGUAGAAAGUUUUCUUAUUAAUUUGGCUAUUGCGGAAAAUCUAUUUAUGUUAUGAUAUGGAAAGUGUAUUUGCAUUUAUAUAUACAUUUAAUCGCUUGUAAAUCAUAUGAGAACUUAGGUCUAGUCAAUCCAAAAAUUAUACUGUUAUAUUGCUUUU